UCUAAAUUAAUUAAGCAAGAUGUGGACGCACUUAACACUGAGCUAAUGGAAUCUUCCUUAACAGACCUAUCAAUGCUCAGCUUCUUUGAGCAUUUUCAUAUUUCUCCAAUUAAGUUGCACUUGAGUCUUUCUCUGGCUGCUGGUGGAGAAGCAUCAGAUAAAGGGGAAGAAAUGAUAGCUAUCCAUUCUCUGAAUUUGCUGUUGAAAAGUAUUGGAGCUACUCUAACAGAUGUAGAUGAUCUCAUUUUCAAACUUGCCUUCUUUGAAAUAAAAUAUCAGUUCUACAAAAGAGACCAACUAAUGAAGAGAGUUGUUAGACAUUAUAGUGAACAACUCCUGAAACAGAUGUAUGUUCUUGUACUUGGGUUAGAUGUUCUUGGAAAUCCAUUUGGCUUGAUCAGAGGCUUGUCUGAAGGAGUUGAAGCAUUUUUCUAUGAGCCAUUCCAGGGUGCUGUUCAAGGCCCUGAAGAAUUUGCUGAAGGCUUUGUAAUUGGUGUUAGAAGUCUUCUUGGGCACACAGUGGGUGGUGCAGCAGGGGUGGUGUCUAGGAUCACAGGCUCUGUUGGAAAAGGCUUGGCUGCUAUUACUAUGGAUAAAGAAUUUCAGCAGAAACGGAGAGAGGAAAUGGGUCGGCAGCCAAAGGACUUAAGUGACAGCCUGGCCAAAGGAGGAAAAGGCUUGUUACGGGGUGUUGUUGGAGGUGUGACAGGCAUAAUCACUAAACCUGUAGAAGGAGCUAAAAAAGAAGGUGCAGCAGGAUUCUUCAAAGGAAUCGGAAAGGGGCUUGUAGGAGUGGUGGCUCGCCCAACAGGUGGUAUUGUGGAUAUGGCAAGCAGUACCUUCCAGGGUAUUCAAAGGGUGGCAGAAUCAACUGAAGAGGUAUCUAAUCUACGUCCUCCACGUUUCAUUCAUGAAGAUGGCAUCAUCCGGCCAUAUGACAGGGUGGAAGCUGAAGGUUAUGAUUUAUUUGAGAAACUGCACAUCAGAAAGCUGGAAGAAGAGAGCUAUCGAUACCACUGUGCACUGCCAAGAAGCAGAAGAGCAAACCUUAUUGUUACCAAUAGGAGAGUGAUAUAUGUGAAAGAAGUGGAAAUCUUAGGCCAUUUAACAACAGACUGGGAUUACUUAUUUGAAGACUUUACACGCCGUCCCUCCUAUGAAGGAAAUAUUUUAAAAAUAACUGUUUUGGAUCAAAGGAUGUUCCAAAGGAAGGACAGUACAGAUCAUGAAUGUGUAAAGACAGUUCAGCUUCAGGAUGAAACUACAGCAAGGAGGAUUUGUUGUGCCAUUCAGGAAGCCCAGGCAACAAGAAAACAAUGGAAGCUGGUGAAGCAAGCAUCAUUGCAGUUGAAGAAGCCAUAA